AUGUGGUGUGGUCGAGGUCAGCCCCUGCUCCCAGCUCCUGUGGUAGUCAGCGGUCAGCCGCCUGCCCCGGCUCCUGUGGGGUCAGAGGUUCAGCCCUGCCCGGCUCUGUGGGUUAAAGGUCAGAGUCAGCCCUGCCCGGCUCCUGUGGGUCAGAGCGUCAGCCCCUGCCACAGCUCCUGUGGGGUCAGAGGUCAACCCCUGCCCCGGUCUGUGUAUGGGUCAGAGGUUCAGCCUGCCCCGGACUCUGUGGGGUCUGUGGUCAGCCCCUGUCCCAGCUCCUGUGGGGUCAGGAGGGUCAGCCCCUGCACAGCUCCUUGUCGGGGUUGGCUCUCGGCCAUGAACUCCAGCACCAGCCGAGUGACCAUGGACACCGGCCUGUACGCCACCAAGGGACCCCUGACACACGCCGGCCGGCCUGAUAGGGCAGCGGGCCCCCCAGCCUGGCCAUUGCUGUUGCUCAGGGGCUUUUUUCCCUCUGUAGGAGACGUGACUCCAGAGAUCACAGAUGUUGCAGUCUUCCUGGAGGAGAUGUUGAACGAGUGUUCAGGUGAACUCGGACCAAACAUGGACCCGGAACUAACCCCUGAUCCACAAGAGCUGUCCUACCUUGUACUCAGGGUGAUUGGAAUCAUGGGUCGGGCUGUACAGGAUCACAAUCCUCGUCUGGUCUCUGCUGUCCUGCACUGUGCAAAGAAAACCAACGCUCCUUUAUUAACUCAGAAAGCAGCAAUUCAGGCCUUUAGAAACAUCAACAAUGAGGUCUAG